GGGCUCCCGGCUCCUUUGUGAUCUUGCUAGCACAGUGCAGUGGAUUAAGGAGUGUUGUAUUUUAAUAAUCAAAAGAAUAACAAACAGCCACCUGGGGAGGGGGGCCGAGGCUGUGGGCUGGAGAACCAGCUCAACAGCAGAGCCCUGAUAAGGUCUGCAGUGCAAAUUAAAUCACUUCCUCCCUCCCAGCGAAACAAUCCUGUGGUCGCAAGGGCUUCUAGGGUAAGUGCCGCCCACCAGAGCCAGCACGGGCGAGCCAGGGCAGGGCUUGGAGGUGCCGUGGCUCCACCCAGUGGCACACCACGCUGGCGCCCAACAGCCAGGAGGAAAGUUUGGUGGCCAGUGAGCCAGGAAAUCGGAAGGGAGUGGCUGGGGUUCAGAUGCUAGGCCCUGGCCAACUGGUUUGGGGUCAGGGGUGUAGAGAAACAGGAAGUGUUACUCUGCUGGGAGCCCAGGAGCCACCCCCUCCAGCCUCAGUGCCGGCCCAGACACAGCCUGCUGAGAGUUCCCGGCAGCCCUCUCCCCUGAAGGCCCAGCAGCAGGGGAGGAGGGGUGUGCACACGACGGUGGGGGUGGGGGUGGGGUGUCUGGCCUUGGCCGCCCCCCUCCUGCCAGGGUGCUGCCUGGGCAAAGUGAGGGACUAUGAGGAAGCUGAGCCACCAAGCUGGAUGCUGGCAGCCGCCCUGACAAGAAAACUCAGACUCACCUGCGGCCUGCCCAGAGCCCCGCCCUGGGAGGCGUGGAGCCCGUAGAGCUAUGGGGCUGCUCCCCCCUCCCCAUUCCUGCGGGCCCAGCAAAUGAGAGCGCCUGUCACCCAGGGCUGAGUCAGCCGCACUAGCCACAAGUCUCUUCCUUCCCCUGCCUAGCCUGCCAUCAAUUAACUCCCACCUCCCUGGGCUCCUCCCACCCAGACACGCUGGGGGGCCGCGGUGGUGGGGCUGGGAAGCGACAGGAAGUGGCCUGGUGACACAGGGCAGGGCUGCCCCCAGAGGAAUCUUGGGCGCUCCACUGCCCUGGGGUGUUGGUUGCGGCUGCCCCAUCCCUGCACGGGAUGCCACAAUUACCUCAGAGCAGGAAGCUGGCUUCCCACCUGACUGAGUCAGCUGAGAACACAAACGCGGCCCCACGGCCGCACGCUGCCACAAACAGCCAAGCCACUCAUCAGAGGCCCAGGCCGCCAGCGGAGAGGGCGCAGCCCUGCACUGCCCUGCACAGGCUGGGGACCGGGCGAGCUGGGUCCCAUCGGCUCCCACCCGUGCAAGGAGGGCGGCUGCGGCUGCCGCUGCCAAGAAGACCCGUCCCUGCCACCCUGGUGCUGCCUGGCUCCAGCUCCGGCUCCGUAAGUGCUGCUCCUUCCUCUGGGGUUUUUCCACUGCCCUAUCAAGUAACCAGGCCACUCCUGCCCCGUGGGAAAAUCGCCGCUCUCUGCUCUCCUGAACAAAAAAAGCAGCCUCCUCCUGGGGCCUCCGCUCACCAUCCACGAUGCUGGCCCAGGGCUGCAGAGCACGAGCCCCGCGGCCCCUGCUUCCCGCCCACUAGGGUGGCUCCCUGAUCCUUGGCUUCACUGCUCCAGAGGGACGCAGUGGUCGCUGGCUGCUCUUGAAUGCUGGGCUUCUGGGUGCAGGGCCCGCCUGCUGGCUCCCGGGGUCCCAUGGAGACCUGGCGGAAAGGCUCCUUCCGCAACGCCCCCUUCUUCAAGCGGCUGACCCUGGGGCGGCCCCGGCGACUCUGGCGACAGGGCAGCGUGCUCAGCCAGGCCAGCACGGCUGGCGGUGACCACGAGGAGUACAGCAACCGAGAGGUCAUCAGAGAGCUGCGAGGGAGGCCGGAUGGCCGGCGCCUGCCGCUGUGGGGGGACGAGCAGCCCCGGGCCACCCUGCUGGCCCCACCCAAGCCCCCGCGUCUCUACCAAGAGAGCUCCAGCUGCCCCAACAUCCUGGAGCCGCCAGCCGCCUACACUGCUGCCUACUCGGCCACCCUGCCCUCGGCGCUCUCCCUGGCAGCCCCCCUCCACCACUCCUCAGAGGACCUUGUGGACACUGCCCCCUUCCAGGGGCCGCCUGGCCCGGACCUCAACGAUCCCUUCUUCUCCUUCAAGGUGGACCUGGGGGUGUCACUCCUGGAGGAAGUUCUGCAGCUGCUGAGGGAGCAGUUUCCCAGUGAGCCCAGCUCCUGAAUGGGGGCGGGGCGGAGCAGAGCUGGGCUGAUGAAGGGGCUAGCGGCUGUGGACGCAAGUCGUGGUUAAGGAAAAGGCAGGGAUGGCAAUCGAGGGCCACGGCUGCCCCCUGGACUUGAGUGGUCUUUCAGGUCACCCCAGCAAGGUACGGAGGCAAGUCAGAAAUGGUGAGGGGCCACUUCCUGGCAGGAGGCCUGAAGGAAGCUGGCGCAGCCAGGGAAGGGAGCCACACCCUGCAACGCAGGAACCCGGCAAAGGCCUGCAGAGUGGGAGGGUGGCACAGGGCAAGUCACGGAAUGGGAGGACACAGACUGGGCAGAACCGAUCGUGCCGUGCGCCGGCCCCUUCUGAAGCCACUGUCAACACACAGGUCCCCGCACAAUGCUGGGCAAAACUGGUCCAGCCCAGGCCGAAGAGCAGGGUGGGAAGACCUGAGAGGAGAUGGGGGACAGGCCUGACUUUGUCCAAUGUGGCAGCCACUUGCUACAUCUGGCUGUUGAAAUUAACUGAAAUAAAAUAAAAUACAAAACUCA